CGAGCCCCCGCUCCCCGACCCGGCGGCGCCCCCGCCCCGCCCCCGCCGCGCGAUGCCCCGCAGCCUGCGCGCCGCCGCCGUCCUCCUGCUCCUCUGCUUCAGGGCACAGCCGGCCGGCCCAGCGCCGCUCAACGGUAAAGUGUCCGCCCGCUCUUUCCUCAGUCCCCGGCGCGCAGCCACACCGGCCCGGAGGAUUGCCUGCGGGGCUCGCUAAUCCUUUUGGCGGGGAGCGUACUCUCCAAUGGCGUAUUUUUAGACACUUUGGAAAACGCGUUUUGGAAAAUUCUUUUGCCUUUGGAACGCACGACCUGUUGCGAUGGGGGGAAGCACGUGUCUUCGGAUUAAAACAUGCUCGUGUGUUCUCGGAGCUCGCCCCAGCUCUGGAGGGGAUCCAAGUGGAGCUAUUUUGGUCCCGAUGGGGAGAAGAGCUGGCCCAAGAAGUACCCGUCAUGUGGGGGUGUGCUGCAGUCCCCAAUAGACCUGCACAGUGACAUUCUCCAGUACGACGCCAGCCUUGUGCCCCUGGGGUUCCAAGGCUACAAUGUUUCUGCCAACGAGCAGUUUAUCCUGAUCAACGAUGGCCAUUCAGUGAGGCUGAACCUGACCCCGGACAUGCACCUCCAGGGCCUCGGGUCCUGCUACACGGCCACACAGCUGCACCUGCACUGGGGGAACCAGAAUGACCCGCACGGCUCCGAGCACACUGUCGGAGGGAAGCACUUUGCCGCCGAGCUGCAUAUCGUCCACUAUAACUCGGACCUGUACCCCAACAGCAGCACUGCCAGUAACAAGUCAGAGGGCCUCGCUGUCCUAGCUGUUCUCAUGGAGAUGGGCUCCUUCAAUCCAUCUUAUGACAAGAUCUUCAGGCACCUUCAAGAUGUAAGAUACAAAGGCCAAGAAGUGCUCAUUCCAGGUUUCAGCAUUGAAGAGCUGCUUCCUGAGAGGCCUGAUGAGUACUAUCGCUACAAAGGGUCCCUGACCACACCUCCUUGCCACCCCACCGUGCUCUGGACGGUUUUCCGGAACCCUGUGCAAAUUUCCCAGGAGCAGCUGCUGGCUUUGGAGACUGCUCUGUACUACACAUACGUGGAUGACCCAUCCCCCAGAGAAAUGGUCAACAACUUCCGGCAGGUCCAGGAGUUUGAGGAGAGGCAGGUGUACAUCUCUUUCCGGCAAGUGCAAGACCUUACGUACACAGGACUGAGUCUGGGUAUGUGGCCUGCCGGCCUUGCAUGCUGCAGCUGGGUGAUUGCUGUGAUUCUUGGCAUUAUCCUUUCAGUGGUCCUGGCUGGCGUUCUUGGCAUCUGUGUUGUCCUGGCAGUGUCCAUUUGGCUCUUCAGAAGAAAGAAGAGUAGCAAAAAAGGUGACAACAAAGGAGUCAUUUACAAACCGGCCAUCAAGAAGGAGACUGAGGCCCAUGCCUGAGGCCCCAGAACUCCCAGGCACAUCCAAGGAAGGACUUUGCUUUGGGCACUACACACUGUGGCUCCCUAGACAUUUGAAAUACCUGAGGGUUCUCUGAAGCUCAACCCACAAAUGCCCCAGACCCACGGGGGGCUUUUAGGUGGGUGCCCUGCCAUCCUGAUGCCACGGCCACUGCCCGUACGAUCUGUGCACGGCAAGAGCUCGCCAAAGAGGCAGGAACUCUGAGCUGUCUGCUUCAGCUGUGUGAGCCCAUGAGGUUGUCUGGAUUCUGGGGCCACAGACCAAGUCACCCAUUGGGGGCUGUGAUUGGUCAGAAAACACUUUCAUCCAGGGAUUCACUUGAGUGUGGUUUCCUCUGAUUUCCUUCUGCAGUGACAAAACUUUUGGUCUGACCUUACACCUGGGAGGAAGAAUGAUCUAGGAAGGGUCAAGGUGUCAGAGACAAAAAGAAAACAAAAGAUAUUCUUUGAAACAUAGUAGCGGCAUUUCUGAAGUCCUGUCCUUUGGAUCAAAUGCACUGAAUGGGCCCGAGAGAGACAGAAUGAGAAGACGCAUAAGGUCUGGAGGAACUCACGCUGGAGUCAGAACUGGAGUCAGAAGUCGUCAAGUCUAAGUGUGAGAAGGACAGAAUAUUAAGCCCAAGCCCAACCUCCUGUCAGCGGCACAGUUAUGCUUUGUACCUCACAGACUUUAUAAAUAAUUAGGCUAUUCCUUGAAAAGUGUUGUUACAUUCUCUCUCCUAGAGUAGACACGAGUUCUGAAAUGACCCAAACUGCUUUUGAAUCUAGAGAAAAUAGGCAGAAGCAAAAUGACUGAAGAGCUUUGUCUCUUGCCCAGAUUUCAUUUUGGCCACUUCUGUGGUGUCCCUACUGCCAAUCUAGAAUUGGGAUGUACCUACUUCCCUGACUUUGAGGAUGUUGAGUCAUGGCUUGGUUAAAAUCUAUUUUCAAGCUAUGAAAGCAGGAAGUUAUCUGUGCAGGGUGGGGGCAUCAUGGUAUUUAGGGACCAAUAAUAAUGGAAUGUUACAAAGAUGCUUCAUGAUCUUCUACCCAAGCCAUAGUUUCUGAGAAGACUUAACUCUUCCAUAGAUAUAAGAGUCCCUUGGAGACCAGUUAGUUCCAUGACUGGGAAGGAGCCUCCACCACCAACCUCUCAUGGCCGGCACCUUGCAGUUCACAGAGAACUUUCGAUUCCUGGUCUCAUUUUGACAACAUGGAAUGUCCUAUCAAAGCACAGGUUUCUUUAUAACAUCUUUUCCUUCUACUCCUCCCUCUCACUCUGAGAACAGUCUUCUCCCUUCUCUACCAUCAUGACUUUGUGUAGUGGUGGCGAGCCCCAUGGCUUUGUAGCUAGUUUGCUAAACAGAGGUGCAGAAGACCUAAUGAACACUCGGACGUGUGUGUGCACAGGAUCUCUGACAGCCUUGGAGCCUGGGGCGGCAUCCUCACCUUGCCAUUAGCAUGCCUGAUGCUGAUCGAAUGACAGCAGGGACAAGCCUCAUGACAUAGCAUUGUGAAUUAGGUGAUGCUUCCUUGGCCUUGGCCCAAAGUUGCCAAUCAGAAAGCAACAUAAAUCACUCCAGAGUCCUGGGACUCUCUCUCUACCUUUUAUGGACAAAUUUUGCAAGAAAACAAAGAGACCAUUGUACCUGGCACAACGGCUGUUCAUAAAAAGGGAGACUGACUAGGCCAUGAAAACAGUGGCAUUUUCUCCUGCCCUGUGGCUGAGAUAAAGCAAAGCUAGGGAGGCAGGCAGAAAGCUCCAAGAAUCAACACUGUCAACUUCCUUGCUAAUCAUUAUGGGGAUCCUGGGGACCAAGCUUGGAAACUGGGAAGGCUCUCCUCAGGUUCUCACUCAUUCCGCCAACACCAGUCGCCACUGAAGGAAACCAGCACUGUGGCGUGUGAAGUUCCUCUGCCUCACUCGCACCCCCUUGAAGGCCCAGGUGCUGGGCUGGGUGCACUAUGGGUAGGGAUCACAAAAACAAGGCCCAUGUGGGAAAAGGACAGGGAAGGCCCUGGCUUCUUUGUUUCUUACUAAUGGGAGAGUUUGAGUCUCUUUGUUCUGUUUCUUUAGGAUCAUCUGGUCAAAAUAGUAAAAACUUACACCUGGGGCGCCUGGGUGGCUCAGAUGGUUAAGCGUCUGCCUUCGGCUCAGGUCAUGAUCCCAGCGUCCUGGGAUCGAGUCCCGCAUUGGGCUCCCUGCUCCUUGGGAGCCUGCUUCUCCCUCUGCCUCUGCCUCUCUCUCUGUCUCUCAUGAAUAAAUAAAUAAAAUCUUAAAAAAAAAAAAAAACAACUUACACCUGUUUCCUUAAUAGACAUUCUAGGAUUUUGCUGCAUUGAUUAUUAAUCCCAUUUCAAGUUCAGACCUUAAGUUCUUCUCCCCUUCACUAAACUCUCUGAAGGCCUCCUGAGCACCACUGGGAAGCACCAGGGUCUGCAGCACCCCUCUGUCCCUGUGCCUCGGAUGGAUCAUAGGCCACUAUGAUGAUGGUCUGUUUAGCACUUCUGUAUUUAUUGUAAGAAUGAUUGUAAUGAAGACAUAAACUAUAAAUAUGAGAAAUCAUAAAUAAAAUGUUUUUCACAUCAGACUGACUUUUUUGGAGGUG